CUUUCCAUUAAAUUCAAAGUAUCAGUAUUUAUGUUGGUCGUGUGUAAAGAGAUUUAUAAAUUUGAAGUUCCAAUUGUAUUUAUCCAAUCUUUUCAAUUGUUUCGCUGUUAAUCUAUAUAAAUUACAAUGCAAUCCACGAAAUCCAAACGCGUUAAGAAGCCAAAAGCGCACUCUCAAAAGCUGAGUGUCAUCACAACGCCCAAGUUGCCGUUACGCCGUCUAAUCAUACCACGUCCGGAUGUGCUACACACGUAUCUGGAUUACAACCAGAUUAAUCAGUAUCUGGAGUAUAUAGUUAAUCGGUAUUCGAACUUUGUCAAGCUCUAUACGCUGGGCAUAACACAUGAGAAGCGUGAAGUGCGAGCUCUUGAAAUUAAUUGGAUGAAUGCGGAUAAUGUCGAGUUGUCGUCCCUGAGUCGCAUCCAGGCGGCCAAGCAGGCGGAACUACAUAAAAGCAGUGGUGUCAAGGGUCCCAUGGUUCUACCCGGCGAUAAGAAUCGCAAUAUUAUCUUCAUCGAGGCGGGCACACAUGCUCGGGAAUGGAUUACCGUGAGCACCAGUCUCAAUUGCAUCUAUCAGCUAACGGAGCGAUAUACACGGAAUAUUGAGAUUCUACGUAAUCUGCGGUUCAUCAUUGUGCCCCUGGUCAAUCCCGAUGGCUACGAGUUCUCGCGGAAUAAGAAUCGCAACUGGCGCAAGAAUCGACGACCUCAUAAGGGUACCAAGUUUGUAGGCACCGACUGCAAUCGCAACUAUGAUGUAUUCUGGGAAAGUGGACCAAGUAAGACCCAAAGGAAUACGUACAAGGGCGAACGACCUUUCUCCGAGCCCGAGACACGUGCUAUGCGCAAUAUACUCGACAGUGUGGCUCCCAAUUUGUUGUUCUUUUUGUCGCUGCACUCGUAUGGCCAGAGCAUCAUGUAUCCCUGGGGCUAUUGUCGUGACCCACCGUACCACUGGAGGGAGCUGCAUACGCUGGCAACCACCGGACGCACCGCUAUUAAAACUUAUAAUGGCAGGGAAUAUCGCACGGGGUCCAUUAGCUGCCUGACCAAACGCACCAUUGCAGGCUCGGUUGUGGAUUAUGUUUAUGGAGUUCUAAAGGCGCCAAUGGCGCUCGUUAUGGAGUUGCCGUCACGGGAACUUGGCUUCCAGCCACCCGUCGAGAUGAUCAGUCAGAUUGGACACGAGAGCUGGUUUGGUAUACGGGAGAUGUGCAAAAGUGCCUUCGAUCUGCGGCGACACAUCAAGCGUGAUGAGGAACCGAAAGCACCCAGACCGCCAGUACAAGUAGGCGACAGUCCCACCCGCAGCACCAACACCAGCACCGAGGAGAAGAAGACGACGCCCAAGAAGCGAAUCAGGAAACGUUCCAAGCGUACACUACUCUCACAACACGCCGAUAUUCUAGAGAUGCAAAAACGCCACAAAGCUGCCACAGCAUUGGCGAAACGACCAUUAACAGCUCCCGUAUUGGCAACACGAAGCGGUCAAGGAGAUGGACCUUCAGAUGACUAAAAGAACUUUGCAUAUUAAUCAAAUAUUGCUGGAUUUUGUGUUCGUGUGUCUGUACGUUAAUUAAAAUCAACACAUUUGACUGGGUUUGGUCCCAAUUUAUA